ACCACGCAUUUUCACGUUUCAUUCUGCUCGUACCUCUUCGUUGGCCCCGGUCCGCGUUAGUAUAUUUUCUUCAUUUCUUAUCACCCGAAAAAGAUAUAAGUACAAUAUUAUUGUUAUUACAUAACUCUUACGUAACUGUAUGUUGUUAAUAAUGCUACAAUAUAUACCGAAGUAGAUGGAUAAAACAAAAUAUACCUAUAACGAACCGUGGUUAACGUUGUUUUUUUACCGUUGACCCUCGUAACAUAAUUUCACUGCGGUUAGUAAACGCAGUCGCCUUUGAGAUAUGGACACGUCCUCAGACUCAGACGGUGCACUCUCGCCUGGUGCUUACGACCAAGUGGCAUACAACGCGGCGACCGCGAUGACCGGUUACGAUGACCAGGCGAUCAUCAAGUCUCCGUCUAGACACUCCGAGUCCUCAGACAGUGGCAGCGACAUUGCGGAACCACGUGGCGCCUUGGCCCAUCACAAGUUCUCCAUAGACCGCAUCCUGGGUCGGUUCAAUGGUGCGGGUGACGCUGCUGCCGCGACAACCAUCGACUCCUGUCCAGAGACAUCAGACCCCGGAAAUCGUCACCGAAACGACUUGGCGUUCCGCGGCGUAGAUACCAUCGCGGAACUUAACGGUCAUAACUUUCCUUACUCGUCGCUGCUGUACGGCGGGUGGUUUGCGGCUGCGGCUGCCGCAGCGGUAGCUAACAAGACACCACCGUCCCAUUUAUUCGGUCUUCAGGCGCCAAAAACAGUGGGACGAAGAUCUAGGAAACCAGGAUUGGAUCGAAAACCAAGGCAAGCGUAUAGUGCAAAACAGCUGGAAAGAUUGGAAGCAGAGUUUAAAACGGACAAGUACUUGAGUGUGAGUAAGCGCAUGGAGCUGUCCAAGGCGCUGAACCUGACCGAAGUGCAGAUAAAGACGUGGUUCCAGAACAGACGGACCAAGUGGAAGAAGCAGCUGGCGUCCAAGCUGAAGAUCGCGCACCGGCACGGUUACUUUCAACCGGUGCAGCACUACGCGUCGCUGUUCGCGCCGCACUGUUACUUUCCGGCGGCGGCUGCGUCUGCUGCGAGCUCCUCCCCGUCCGGUACCGCGGGUGGAGUUCCAAACUUCGGUUGCGGUUUACAGCCGCAGACGACUUCGGCGGAACACGAGACGGUCGUCGUCGAACGUCAAGUCGUCGCUGCCAAAACGGAACGGCAACACCAUCACCACCAGCACCAUCACCAUCAGCAGAGAUAAAAUGAUUACUUGUAUUUAUCACAUUUCCAUGUCAACUUGCGUGCCUACCCGCGGUACACCUAUUGUCUGUCUAUAAUUUGUUGUUAUAACGUCGUAUAGGCUGCUAGGCAUACCUACUAGCUAUUACCUACCAACCAUAUUUUUGAUUAAUAUUGUGUAACACUGAACACACGCACAACAACAGCGAUAAUAAACAAUAUGAUAACAUAAA